UACAUUUUGAAUGUAAUGGCAUUUGAAUAAUGCCGAAACUCAUUUGUGAAACGAUAACUGUGAGAACGAUAUCAAGAUUUAUUAUUCGAAAUUACGUCCUAUCAAUAUUCGGCCAAAUGUAACGAUUUAUAUGAUUCUAAGGCAUAAGGAUGUCAAAGCGACUCAGCUUCUAUGGUCUGGUUGGACUGGCGUCCCUCUGCAUCUUCUUCCUCGCAUUUAAUCAGCGCUACAGCAGCUAUCUUGAGCAUCGACUACAGCCGGUAUUAUCGGUCAGUAAUUAUUCGGAGGUGGGGAUUGCUCUUAAUCGAGUCACGCCAAACACACUCUUUUGGACGGACGUUGAAAUAAGGCCAAGGAUCGUCAGAAUCCAAGAAUCUGUAACGACAUACAUCAAAGGUUCAAACGACAAUGCCACGAUCAUCGAAAUACAAGAAGUCUUAGAUCAACAAAGAAGAGCCAUAGAAAGGGAGAUGCAAAAUUAUGAGUAUCCCAAUGGAAAAUAUGGUCUCAAUAUUAGUAAAUUGGACGACUUAGUUAUGGAGAAAGAUGGUACUCCAAUGAGAAGUAUAAUUUUGACAAGUUGGCGAAGUGGUAGCACAUUCCUUGGCGAUGUCAUAAAUGCACAUCCAGCAAAUUUCUAUCAUUACGAGCCAUUACUUGAUUUUGGAAUUGUACAAAUCAGAGGUCCACCACUUGCGGAGGAAGCGCUUCAAAAUAUUGAAUCCUUGUUAAAUUGCAAUUUUCAUAAUCUUGAUAGAUAUCUAGAAUAUGGGAAAACACAUCCAUGGGUCUUCAAUCACAAUACACAUUUAUGGCGUCAAUGUCAAAUACAUAAAAAGAUCUGUUGGGAUUCGCGUUUCGUUUCAAAAUUUUGUCAAUUAUUUCCAUUUCAAUCGAUGAAAUUAGUACGUUUAAGAUUACGUGCGGCAGAAGAUCUUUUAGCUAAAAAACGUUUAGGGAUAAGAUUGGUAUUGUUGGUACGUGAUCCACGAGGAAUUUUACAAUCAAGAAAGCAUAGAGAAUGGUGUCCUACCAGUCCAGAUUGUUCAGAUCCAGCUUUGGUCUGUGCUGAUAUGGUUUCAGAUUUCAGUGCUGCAGUACGUUUGAUAAAAAAAUAUCCACAUUCUUUCAGGGUGGUGCGAUAUGAAGAUCUAUCAGUAGAACCGUACAAAUAUGUGAAGGAACUUUAUACAUUUUACGGUUUGGAUUUCCAUCCUAAUGUAAAAAGAUUUUUAGAUACUCAUACAAAAAGUGACGUUGGUGGUGUAUCGAGUACAUUUCGUAAUUCUAAAGUAGCCCCAUUUCAUUGGAGAACCGAUUUAGAGUUCGAAGAAGUUGAUGAAAUUCAAAGAGUGUGCGGAUCUGCUAUGAGAUUAUGGGGAUACGUUGAAGCAAUUAAUGCUACUCAUCAAAAAGAAUUUGAUCCUAUUACGGAAUAUCAACUACAAUUGUGACAUCUAAUGUAUAGAAUAUUUCCAACUGAUAUGGUGUACAGUACAGUAGUAUAAAAUAUCGAGACUAUAACAAUUAGUUAUUUUGAUUACGUGCAGCACAUCGAGAUCAUCGAGUAUGGUACACAAUUCGUGAAAAUAAUAUUCAUGAUGGAUGGUGUUCCAUAGGGACAUAUACUCAGGAAUAUAGUAACACAUACCACCUGUGAAUAUUUCAAUAUUCAACUAUCGUAGUUAGAAAAUUUUUUCAAUUCUGGAUAUAUUUAAUCUGAGAAGACCAAUGGUGAUGCCGUUCCUCAAUAAAAAUAAUAAUAAAAAGAAAAAAAAAAAAAGAAAAAAAGAAGAAGAAGAAAAAAAAAGAAAAAAAAAAAAGAAAAAUGAAAAGAGAAAACAGAAAACAAGAAAAAAAAGUAAUAUAAUAAUAAUAAAAGUCUCUUUAGAAGUAUUGCGCCAAUGCGAAGAACAAAAAUAAUUUGUUGUAGGUUUUAAAUGAUUGAAUUUGUUAGGUCGUAUAAAUAUACCUAACAACACAUUUUGACACAAAAAAAAAAAAAAAAAAAGAAAAAAAACGAACUAUAAUAUCUACUCAUAUCAGUGAAUCUCUAGUUAAAUUAUCAAAAUUUGUAUGACCCUCUCUGGAGAGUCAUUUCUUAGAUACGAACAAAAAAAAAUAUCUAUUAUAACGCUUAUAUCAAAUAUUUUAUGAUAAAAGCUGAUUUUCUUUGUUUUUUUUUUUUUUUUUUUUUUUUUUUUUUUUUUUUUUAUAAUAACCUCAUGUAGAUCACAAAAGACAUAUUUACGUAAAAUAUAACAUACGUCAUAUUAUAUACUCAAAAUGAUUCAUAAUUCUAUUUGAUUGAUUUAAAAAAAAAAGAAAAAAAGAAUAGUAAAACAAACAUUUACACAUAUGUGUAUAGUUCAAACUCAUGAUAAUACUCCAUUUCAUUUUUCACAAGUUCUCUUUAUAUAUAUAUAUAUAUACAUACAUAUAUAAAAAAUAAAAAAAAAUAUAUAUAUAUAUAUAAAAAAUAAAAAAAAAGCCUAGUUGAAAAAUGCUGUGAAAUACUAUACACACACACACACACACACACGAUAAACUAAUAAUGUAAAUUUUAAAAUAUAUUCGAUUCUGGCAAAUUAGUUGAUAAGACAAUUUUCGAAGUUUUACACAAUAUACAUAUUGUUACAUUUGUAAAUCUAACUGCGAAUUAAUUUAAUCGACAACUUAUGGAUCUGGUUUAUAAAUCUCGAGAAUUGACCAAUGACCGUGCUUAUAUAUAUAUAUAUAUAUAUAUAUAUAUAUAUAUAUAUAUAAAAAAAAUAAUAAUAAAAAAAAAAAAAAAGAAAAACAGAUAGAGAGAGUUAACAUAGACUUGCUUUAAUUUAGUAAUAUAUAUAUAUAACAGUCAGUGGUGCGCAAAUUAUACUACUAUGUAAUUUGUGUUACAAUUAUAUAUUGUUAAAUUUACAAAUAGUAAUAUCACUUUUUUUAUAAUUUAUUUUCAAAAAGCAAACGAAUAUAUAUUAUUUGUAAAUAUUAUUAUAUUGGUUGUGUGUUAUAAAAAAAAAAAGAAAAAAAAAAAGAAAAAAAAGAAAAAAGAAAAUAAUAAUUUGGAAACUAUAGUUUGUAUAUCAUAUAAUUGAUAUAAUGCAAUACGACCAUCCUAAAACUAUGCAUAAUACAUAAUAUGUGAUGAUUUUGUGUUCAAUGCAUAGAAAUAUGAAUAUAUUAUCUUAACAAUUUCUAAGGUAUACAAUAUGUGCAAGUAUUAUAUAAAAAAAAAAAAAAUACAUUGCUCCAAAAAAUUAUUUCGCACGCAAAAAUAUCUCAUACAUCCUGCUAAUAGUUCAAUCUACUUUUAAUCAAUAGAAGAUAUAAAAUUAUACGUUCACAUUGAUUGAUUUUGCAAAAUCUUACGUGAACAUAAAAAAAACAUAUACAUGUAUAAGCUUUUAUCGUCAUACAUAUAUUAUAUAUAUUUAGCAUGAAUACAAAAGACAUAAUGGUGAUACGAUGGCCAUGAUUGAUUUAAUGCAACAAUUUUUAGAUUGUAUAUUUUAUUUUUAUUAGAAUUUCUGCAUAUCCAAUAAAGUACAUAUUAUAUAUUUUUACAAUAAUUAUAAUGAAUCAAUAUAAUCCAUUACUGUUCAGUUUGCAUCCAAGGAUAGAUUUCACGUACUUUUUGUGAAUAUAGCACCCAUAUAUCCACACAUAGUAUUUUUUCCAAAUUAUACGGCUACUCGUAGAGGCCAAGGAUAAUUACUUUUUUUUAGGCAGGAAUGAAAAGAAAGAAAGAAAAAAAAAAGAAAUAUAAAUUAAAUUAAGAGAAAUAGAAAGACGACAUAGAUUUAUCUAAUAGAUUAUUUUUCAUUUCAGGAUAAUAAUAUUUUAUCAUUAGGAAUCAUAGCGUAUAUUGAACAUCAUGCGUAAUAUUAACAAUUCAAUGAAUUAUAUAAUUUUUUUAUCAUUGUUAAUUACUUACAAGAUCAUAUAUAUAUUAUUUUGUUUCGUUAGUUUCACGUUGAAAUUUUGUAAUGCUUAAACUCCUGUCUUGAUUUCUAUGAAUCAUUCACUGAAAAGAUAAAAAUAAUAUUUGAAUUGAAAUUUUCAAUAUAAAUGUAAAAAGACAUUCCUUUGGUAAUAAUUAAAAAUAACUCAGUGAGGGCAAGUUGUAAGUCAUGGAUUAUCAUUAUAGCGUAUAAAUAUGUUUAACAUCAUAGUACUCUAAUAAUAAAUAUAUAAGCGAUAACAAAAUCAUUUUUCACAUUGAAUUUUAUAUAUACUAACCUGAAUUAAAAAUUUUGUAGAAACGUUUAUCAGCGAUUCGAUCUCAAUUUGUCCGUCUAAAAAAAAAAAAAAAAAUGCAUUGAAAAUAUAUUCAAAUAAUUGUAGAUCAUUUUAACUACCAUGUAUGAUAGAUCAGAUAAUUUUUUACAUCAAUAUAAAUAUUUCAACCAUAUGCUUGUAUUAAUUCAUCAUAAUAAUUAAGCAAAUACACACACACACACACACACACACACACAUAUAUACACAUGUAUACGAAUAUUAGUUUUAUAACUUACAUUGCGUGAUUACAUA